AUGACAGUCGAUCCCUCUCUACACACAAACGAUACUGUAAAAAGGUUGUUGGUGCUGCCUCUGAUACACUCAAGAAACAGCGCCAUAAUAGCGAAGUCCAGGCAGCUGCAAAAGUUCAGCAUCAAGAAGAGGAAGAAGAAGCUCGACGCAGGAGAGAGGAAAUUUGAGAGACUUCCUCAGCCUGCAAGCCCUUCACCUCCUCCCAUCCGUCCCUCUGGGCGACCAGGCCGCCAUAUUCGUUUACCGAAGCACUUCCGUGAUGAACAGCCUCCCCUUGUGGCUGUCAUUCUCCCGCAGCCCCCUGAUAAUGAAUCUCAGGUGGAACCAACUGAUCCUAUCUCCCUAGCAAAUGCAGAGCAAGCAUCUUCUGAUGCUGAGGAUUCCAUCAUACACACCAAUCCCAACCGCUACGGCAUCUAUCGCACUUAUCACGGCAAUCUCCCUACUCACAGUCCAGAUGACCUUGUGUCCCUGGCAUCUAUAUCUGACGCAUCCACAUUUGGUCGACGGCACGAGCUAACCGGUGCUCGGCCAUGGUGGUCUGGUUUUGGAUCUUCCCUCCAGGCUGUAAAGGUCAAUUACUUUGCACCAUUUCUCAACGUCACAACCUUCCUCUUGAUGUGCUGGUUUUAUGGCGGCUCUAAUAUGAAGUCAUUGGCGGAACUGGAUCGCCUCAUCAAUGAAGUGAUCCUGGUGAAGGAGUUUCACUGCAGGCAUUUACUAAUUUUCCUCCAAAGAACAUCCAAAAAACAUUGA